ACUGUCCCUUCGCAAAAUGUGGCACACAGACCUCCCCAUUCCAUUAAGGCAGAGGAAUGUAGACCCUUUUUUUCUUGGGGGUCAUAGCCAAAGGAGAUAGGCUACUUGUGCUCGUUGACUGUCAAACGCUCACGGAAAAUCACAUUUGUGACAUCGCUGACUGGACACGGGGAGUUUGAAUGGAACAAAUACGAGCGCAGAGCUGACAGAAAGUGACAGGAAUUGAGAGCUCUUUUUGUAUGGCUUGUUUUUGAUAGCGCACGUCGUAUCCAGUUUGUUGGGCUUUUUUUUUUUUUUUAAUGGCCAUGGAUUUUUAAACUUUCUUGUGGUUAUAAAAAAAACAAAAACGGACCUUUACUAUCGAAAGGUAAACGAACGUCAGCAUCAGUCAAAGCGCGACAUCGACUUCGGGGACGCCGUGAGGAUCAUGAUGUUAGUUGUUGUGGAUAAGCUAUAGGCCUAACAGGUGGAGUGAUUAAUCGAUUAAUUAAUCGGGGCUGUGAAAUAGCAGGGACUUACGAAGGCCAGAUCUGUGCCAUGGCGUCGAGCCUGACGUGCACGGGCAUUGUGUGGGCACUGCUUUCCUUCGUAUGCGCGGCGGCCUCGUGUGUAGGGUUCUUCAUGCCCUACUGGCUGCUGGGCUCGCAGAUGGACAAGCCGGUGUCCUUUGGUACCUUCCGGCGCUGCUCAUACCCGGUCCGGGACGAGGUGCGGCAGACCACCGUGAUGCUGGAGCAGUGCGGUCGCUACGCCUCGUUCCAGGGCAUUCCCAGCCUGGAGUGGCGCAUCUGCACGGUGGUGACGGGCGUGGGCUGCGGCCUCCUGCUGCUGGUGGCACUCACUGCCCUCAUUGGCUGCUGCGUCUCCGACCUCAUCUCUCGCGCCAUUGGUCGUGCUGCUGGAGGCAUCCAGUUCGUCGGGGCUUUGCUAAUUGGAUCAGGGUGCGCUCUGUACCCCCUGGGAUGGGACAGCGAGGAGGUCCGGCAGACCUGCAGCAACAGCUCGGAUCAGUUUGAACUGGGCUCCUGUGAGAUUGGAUGGGCCUACUACUGCACAGGAGCAGGAGCGCUGGCAGCCAUGUUAGUGUGCACCUGGCUGGCUUGUUUUGCCGGUAAGAAGCAGAAACAGUACCCCUACUAGAGCAGGAACCAAAGUGGCCGUCACAAACGAUGUGAUGACCACCAGGGAUGGUCCAAGAGGACAGCCAUUAUGACCACCAAAGGACAGGCCAGCAGCAGGUAUAGAGAUGGAGGAAGAGAGCGGGAAGAGGGGGCAGUGUGUCUGCCUUUUCCCAUCAUGCCUCAUUGUUGAUGUCGAGUGUGCUCGUCAGGCUCCUGCUUUUGACUGACUGCAACGUUCUGUCCACCUCGAGACCCUUUACACCUGGACACAUGCUUUUUAAAGGACCGAUCUUUCUGUUCUUCUCACAUUAUUGGUCAAUAUAUCUAUUGUUUUUCAGUAAGUUCUGCUCUUCUGAUAUCCUGCUCACUGACAUUCUGACAACAGAACAGACACGUUUGCAAAGAUGAGAAAAAAAGAUUCAGGUCUUGAGAGAUAGUCUUGGUGUUUGCUUUGUUAUUGUGAUGUUUUUUAUUUAUAUUUUUUCUUUUGUCUGACCUGUCACCACUAUAAAUGCAACAACUAUUACUUGGAUGCAAUGCAAUAAUAUCCAUGUUUUGCACAGUCCAGUAAUUGUUAUUAUAAUGGACCUCUUUACAAAAAGAGGAAAGAGCCCAUUUCAAAGAGAAACAUCAGUAUAUCGGAUGUUUUAGGCCAUUUCCCAUUUUGUGUAUGAUAUUGUGUGUUGUAUAUUAUUAGCAAAUCCUUUUGUAUAAAACAGCAUAAAAAAAUGAAUGUUUUAUUUGACUGUGUUUGUAAAUAAAUACUGUUCAUUGAAACCA